UGAAAACUCAGUUUUAAACGUAAUGUGUUUAGCCGAAAAAUAAUAUCUUGUCACUCAUGCUAAAUUCCAGUUAUAGCUCAGUGUAUUACGACUUUGUGGAAACACACACUGUGUGCAUAUUGUCUUGUACGUGUUUCUUAAUAUAAGGUGUUGGUGAUCCGGAACUAUUAUCAUAAUGUCUGUGUUGUCAGAACGACUGUACACAGCGACGGAGCAAAUAUUUCGGUGGAGUUAAAGUGAGUUAGAGUUUCAAGUAAAUACAGCGACCAGAAGCCUGGUUUAAAUCAGUUAUUUUCCUUAUAGUUGGCCAAUAUCCCUCCGAGAUAUCCGUCGUCUCAAUUGCGACUGAUGCAGAUUUUAAAUUUCUGCAGACUUCGUGAAGGUGUCAAGUCUUGUACUGUCAGACCCCUGGCCUGUUUGUUUACUUCCACUUGUGGCAUGGCCAAGAGCAAGUUUGAAUAUGUGCGUAACUUUGAAGUCGAAGACACAUGUCUGAGAAACUGCUACAUCGUCGUGAGGCUAGAUGGGCGCAACUUCCACAGGUUUGCAGAGCAGCACAAAUUUGCCAAGCCCAAUGACAACAGAGCCCUGGGUCUGAUGACCCGUAGCGCCCGCUCAGUCAUGGAGGAGCUCGAGGAUAUUAUCAUUGGCUAUGGACAAAGUGAUGAGUUCAGUUUUGUUUUUAAGAGGACCUCCACCUGGUUCAAGAGGAGAGCCAGCAAGCUGAUGACCCUCGUUGCCUCGCAAUUCUCAUCCUCUUAUGUCUUUCACUGGAAAGACUUCUUUGGAGACCACCCUCUCCUCUACCCGCCAGGAUUUGAUGGACGUGUGGUACUAUACCCUAGCAAUCGGAACCUGAAAGACUAUCUGAGCUGGAGGCAAGCAGACUGUCACAUAAAUAAUUUGUACAACACAGUGUUUUGGACCCUUGUACAAAAAGGUGGACUAACCACUGUUCAAGCAGAGGAUCGCUUAAAGGGAACAUUAGCUGCUGACAAAAAUGAAAUCCUCUUCUCAGAGUUCGACAUUAACUACAACAAAGAACCGGCCGUCUAUAGGAAAGGCACCACUCUCAUCUGGGAAAAGCAUGACCAAACUGUCAUCACAGAAGUAAUGAAAGACAAGAUCAAGGAAGUCCAUGGCACUCCUCGGAGCAAAAGAAGUGUGCAGGUUUACCAUUCGGAUAUCAUAGGCGAAGACUUUUGGGAGCAACAUUCCAAUAUUUUUGAAGAUGACGGCUGCUAGUGUUGUGGGAAAUAAACACAUCAUGUUGGCUAUGAGAGUAAGGACUCAAUUGGUUUACUCAAUGCACAGUUUAUGCACCUUCACAAGUGACGUCUUCGCUCAUGUACAAUGGCGUCCAUUAGCCUAGAUGGGCAGCAAUCACCCUUGAGCCAAUUAUGUUUUGUGCUGCAAAGUGGUUUAUCUUGAUGUCAUCCAACUGUGCCAAAGUUAAAUAUGUGUUAUUUCUUCAAUAUAAUCCACCCCCUUUUGAGGGUCACCCAACCCCCAAAUCAAACCGCAAUGUCCCAAUACAAGAAGACUGGAUGAACUUCAUCUCCACAACAAUGCCGUCCUUCCUUGAAUGUGGCCCCCAGGUUGGCGUCAUCUCAUUCCAUAUGUCAGACAAAAAUGGCUCCCUUCCUGUAAUCCCAGCCCGAAAGAGAUAGUCAGUCCCCCGUGGUUUUUAACAACUUGCAAACACUUUGCAAUCUUCCUUAAUAAUGGAAUGAUUAUACUGUAUAUCAUUAAACCCAUGACUUAAUCAAGUGUGCCCUUCAUGCAUUCAUCCAUCAAUUUUCUGAGCCUCUUAUCCUCACAAGUGUCGCAGGAAUGCUGGAGCCUAUCCCAUCUGUCAGCGAGCAGGAGGCAGUGGUACACCCUGAACUGGUUGCCAGCCAAUCGCAGGGCACAUGGAGACAGAAGAACAGUCACACUCACAAUCACACCGAGGGCCCAUUUAGAGUCUCCAAUUAAUGCAUGCUUUUUGGGAUGUGGGAGGAAACCAGAGUGCCCGGAGAAAACCCAUGCCGCGACGGGUAGAACAUGCAAACUCCACACAGGCGGGAUCGGGAUUUGAACCCCGUUCCUCAGAACUGUGAGCCCAAUGGUCUAACCAGUUGCAACAUUGUGAUGUCCCUUUAUACAUGUGUAGCGAAACGUAUUAUUCUUACUUACAAUGGAGUUAACAAUCACUUCUAGAAUUCCCACCUUUUGGUAUGAAUUAUCAUACAUCAUCAAAACAUCACAGUGAGCUCAUGUUCCUGGGUAAGGAGAAAGAAAUCCUUUAGUUCUGUGUCGUCCAGAGAGUCUUAUACCCUUAGGUAUUAAAAUGGCGUCCAUGUUCUCAAUUACUCUAAAAAAUAUCAGUUGGUCCUUCACUUUUUUUGCCAGCGUAGAAAUUUUCGGUGGCACGUGUCCAGUCUGCCAUCGCUGCAUUGAUUUGGACCAGUCUGACCUAUAUUGAUGUGUUUUAAUGUCCCCAUCUAACUCGCGGAAAAGACAUUGGAAUUUUUUAAUGCCAACGCGUACCUGUAAUUGGGAAAGUCAGCAGGAGGGUGAAGUUGCACUUACUGAGUGCACCCACAACUUCUCAAAACCUCCAUUUUGGCUUUUGGUGAAACAAAUUUAAAUUUAAUACACUACUAAUACAUAUGAGUGGAUAACUCUUAAAUGUUAAGUGUAUUAUACUUUCUUGUGCACAUUUUAGAAAGUAUUGUGCAGACUGAGUUGAAUAUUAACCACAGUGAGUUUCCGGUAAGCCAACUUGUAAUUUAGUGCAUUUGACUUAUAAGAUUUAGUAAAUAUUCAAACAAUUGCUUUUGCAAAAGAUUGAAAUUUAAAUCAACUUGGAUUUUAGUUGUAGUAAAUAAUUAAAUUUGCUCAGGUUUUCAUUACUGCAUUACUAAUAGGGCUGAAACUGAUGAAUAUUUUAAAAACUGAUUAAUCUGCCAAUUAUUUUUAAGUAGUUGAUGAAUAGGAGGGAAAAACACUGUCCAUCCCAUGAUUAAAAAUCAAGAUAUUAUUUCCAAUUGACAGUUUAAAAAUGCACAAAUAUAAACGGAUUAUGUUUCAGUUAUUGGUUUGGUCUGUAAUGUGUCAAAAAUGGGCAAAAAUAUUGAUCACUGUUUUCCAAGGGGAUCAAAUUAAUCAACUAUUUUGAUAAGCAAUAAAUUAACUGACCUUGUUUCACAGAAAAUAUUUUCAGAUUUCUGUUGUUCAGACUACAGACUGAUUAUAUUUGUUUUUAAUAAAAAUAAGACCUUGGCAAUGACAUUUAAUUUGUGCAUUUUCUGUGCUGUCAAUUUGAAAUAAUUUUCUCGUUUCGUAAAAUGGAAAUGCAUUUUUUUCUGAUGCAUCAAAAAAUAGGUUACAGGUAAUCUUGUGAAAGCUAUUGUUGCAAACUGUAAUACACCAUAAAUGUGAAGUGGGUUACUAAUUCUUCAUUAAAUGCGCCUAUUGUGACCACAAGUUCCUGUUAUGUGCAAGCAUAUUUAAAACCUGUGCAGUAAAACCAGUUGGGCUGAGCAACGUGGUUACCUCAAUCCGUUUUUGAUGUGUUGGUCGCGAACGAAACUGCUCUAAGAUCCGGAUCUCUGAAGAGAACGAUUACAGUCAGCUCGUGAAUGGGAGCC